CUCACCUGUAUCUCAACACACUGAACACACCUGUGUUGAAUAGGACCGGACUAAACACUUUUUUUCUGCUUACCUGGUUCUGAUUACUCACAGGCAUGGCUUCCCUCAUGUCCGAGGAGCAGUUUCUGUGCUGUAUCUGCCUGGACAUCUUCACCAACCCCGUGUCCAUCCCGUGUGGUCACAACUUCUGCCUGACCUGCAUCAAAAGCUACUGGGACACCCGCGAGCGCUUCGAGUGCCCCCUCUGCAAGGAGAGCUUCCGCCGUCGGCCAGAGCUACGCAUCAAUCGCGGUUUUAAGGACAUCACUGAGCACUUCCAGAGGUCCCUAAAGGUCAAAGCCCAGCAGGCAGAUGAAGGUGAUUAUCAAGGCAUAGGAGUAUUAGCGUCACAGUGUUCACCAGCGCUCGGUCCUGAGCCAGAUGCAGUUUCCUGUGAUGUCUGUACCGGGACGAAGCAGAGUGCUGUUAAGUCCUGUCUGGUGUGUCAGGGAUCGUACUGCGAGAACCACCUGGGGCCUCACCAGAGAGAGCCGGCCCUCCAGAGGCACAGGCUGACGGACCCAGCAACCUUCGCCACGCGAGGCCUGUGCCGGAAGCACGAGAGGCCCCUGGAGCUGUUCUGUAGGAUGGACCAGACACCGGUGUGUUUGAGAUGCAAUGAUACUGACCACAAGGGCCACAACACUAUCCCUAUGGAGAGAGAGAGCAAGAAGAUGAGGACUCAGAUGAAGAAGACUGAAGGAGAUCUAUUGAAGAUGGUUCAGGACAGACUGAGGAAGAUGGAUGAAAUCAAACACUCAGUGGAGCUCAGCAAAAUAAGUGCUGAAAAAGAGAUUGAGGGCAGUGUACUAGUCUUUAGCAAACUGGUGUGCUCCAUCGAGAGAAGCCAGGCUGAGCUCAUCGAGGUGAUUGAGGAGAAGCAGAAAGCAGCAGAGAGGCGCGCUGAAGGGCUCAUCAAUGAGCUGGAGCGGGAAAUCAUUGAACUACAGAGAAGAAGCACUGAGCUGGAGCAGCUCUCACACACAGAGGACCAUCUCCACUUCCUACAGAGUUUUCCCUCUCUCUCCACUCCUCCACCCACCAAGGACUGGUCUGAGAUCAGUGUACACUCCGAUCUAUGUGUGGACACUGUGAGGGCUGCUAUGUCUCAGCUUGUGGACACCUGCAGAGACUUCGAAAAGAGAUUAUGUGAAGCGGAGCUGAGGAGAACCCAGCAAUAUGCAAUGGACAUCACUCUGGAUCCAGUCACAGCCGCCUCGUGGCUCGUUCUGUCCUCCGAUGGGAAGCAGGUGAGUCUGGGAUACCAGCAGAACCACUCCCUUCCUGCUGACCCUCGGAGGUUUGACUCCUGCGUCUGUGUGCUGGGAAAACAAGGCUUUGCCACCGGGAGGCACUACUGGGUAGUCCAGUGCAGGGAGAAGAAACAUUUUAAAUUGAACUGCUGUCUGUCUACCCUGCGCUUCAGGUGGGCGACAAGACAGACUGGGAUGUGGGCGUGGCUAAAGAGUCUGUCAACAGGAAGGGGAGUGUCACGGUGAGGCCGGACCAAGGCUACUGGGCUGUGUGCCGGAGGAAAGGCAGCCAUCUUAGCGCAUGUGCCGGGCCAUCUGUCCCCCUUCACCUGAGAAAGAAGCCGCGGAAGGUUGGGGUGUUUGUGGAUUUCGAGGAGGGAUUGGUCUCCUUUUACAAUAUGGAGGCGAAGGCUCAUAUUUAUAGUUACAGGGGAUGCGGCUUCACUGAGACACUGUAUCCGUAUUUUAACCCCUGUCUCCAUGACGACGGGAAGAACACAGCCCCAUUGGUUAUCUGUUCUGUGGAAGGGGAGGCGGGGCCUAUACAGGAAGUUGUGAGGUCUAAGAUCCCGCCCGCGGCUCUGGCGUUGGCUGGGAGGAGCCGUCAAUCAUCUGUUGGCUCUGUUUCGCAACACUUCUGAGGCUGUUAUCUGACAAGGGACUUUGAGAGAUACUUCUGAAAAAAACUACCUGUGUUGAUGGACAGAACCAAUGACAUAAGCAUAAAAGUUCAAUUAAGAUUUUGUAUCCAGAUUUGGUAGAAUUGAUUCUUAUAUAUCAUAGCUUAAUGCAAAACAGGUGUAACUAAAAAUCACCUUGAGAUUGUUUUCUUACUAGCUUUCUACAUUUUGAGGAGAAAGAAAGAAAUGAGAGGAUAGAGAGAAAAGGGAGGAGUGUAGAACAGGUAGGCGGUUGCGGGCAAAACAAAACAGACGUUGUAUGUGAUGCUCGUGUAUGUGAUAUGAUUAAAUGUCUGUUUGAACACAGGGGUUCCCUGAGAGAGAAAGAGAGCAGGGUUAGAAAGAGGGAAAGGAGGGAGAGAGAGAUGUGAAUGAGAGAAAGAGGGCAGGGUUAGAGAGAGGGAAACGAGAGUGAGGAAAGGAGGGAGAGAGACAGAGAGGUGUGAGAGAGCGAGAGGGUGGGGUGUAGAGAGCAUGUGAGAGUGAGAGAAUGCUAGACAGGGAGGGAAAAGUGAGAGAAAAGAAACAGAAAAAGGAGUAACUUCCUCGUUGCUACAUGAAAACAUAGUAAUACAAUUUAUUGCAAAGGUAAGAUUUAAGAUUUAGAUUUGAACUGUUGUAAAGUUUUAAAUCCCAAUGAUGUAUCCUUAAUUUGAUCAAAAUUGGUAAUGUGGGGGAAAUGUUUUUGAAGACAUUAUUGUUAUGAUCAUAAUAGCAUAUUUAUGUCACUUUACUGCUCUGUUUGAUUAACAUCUUUCUGUAAUAAACUCACUUUGUGAAUAAAGAGACUUUUCCCCAAGGUG